UCAUAUAUUCUCCCAAGUGCCACCUUCAAAGACAAGUUAAGAAUAUAGCAGGUGUGACUAAAAGACAUUCUUACAGUGUCUCAAUCAAAGAGCACCAUUUUCAAAAACCAGGACAAUGUCUUCCAACAAAACCCUUAAACCCACAUCAUAGUUUGUUCUGUUAUGGCUUCAAAGCAGAACAUGAAAGAGCUACAAUGGGCACUUCAAUCACUAAAAUCCGACUCCCUAAAUCUUGAAUGUGUUUCCUUCUACCUUUCCCAACCAACCUCAAACUGUUACCAAGAAACAGAAGCCUCCAUAAACAUAAACAUCUCCAAAGAGAAUCUCCCAUUGUUCUCUCAAAUCUUGACAACACUGGCUGAAUCCGGAAGAACCAAAUGCACAUUGAGGAACCUUGAGUUUCAUUCAGUUGUGUGGGAGACAGAAGAGGUAAGAAAACUUGGAACCCUUUUUGGGAACAGUAACAAUAAUCAAAGCAUAAAGCAAGUUUUGUUUAGAAGAAACAGGUUCAAUGGGAAAAGCUUCUCAGAGCUUUGUGAUAUUCUGAAGACAAAUUGGGUGAUCAAAGAGAUUACGUUUUCGGAAUCUGGGAUUGGAGCAGUUGGAGCUGGACUAAUUGCUUCUGCUCUCAUGGUGAAUCAUAGUUUGGAGGAGCUUCAGAUUUGGGAUGAUUCAAUUGGUUCAAGGGGUGCUGAAGAGCUUUCAAAGAUGAUUGAAGUCAAUCCAACUCUGAAAUUGUUGACCAUUUUCGACUCGAAUGCCAUCACUGCUACUCCUCUUAUAUCAGCUGUUUUGGCAAGGAACAGAACAAUGGAGGUUCAUGUUUGGAGUGGUGAAAAGGGGGAAAGAAGUUCAAAGGUUGUUGAGUUUGUUCCUGAGAAUAGUACUCUAAGAAUUUACAAGCUUAAUCUCUCUGGCACUUGCCGCGUCGCCUGCGCUUUAGGAAUGAAUCUGACAGUGAAAUCACUGGAUAUGACCGGAGUCCGGCUUAAGUCUCGGUGUGCUAAGGAGUUAAGGUGGGUUUUGGAACAAAACCAGACACUUAAAGAGCUCAAUUUAUCAAGAACUUGUCUUAAAAACAAGGGCAUUGUGUAUGUUGCGGCUGGACUCUUCAAGAACCGGAGUUUGCAGACAUUGCAUCUAACAGGAAAUUGGUUCGGCGGAGUAGGCGUGGAGCAUCUGCUUUGCCCUUUGAGUAGAUUUUCAGCCCUGCAAAGGCAAGCCAACAUUACUUUGAAGUGUGUUACUUUUGGAGGUGGCAGAACAAAAAUAGGUAGGGAAGGUUUAGCCGCUAUAAUAAAGAUGCUAACAACCAACGAGACUCUCCGGCAGCUCGGGAUUCAUGAGGAUGAGAGUUUGAGACCAGAUGACUUUGUCAAAAUCUUCAAGAGUUUGGAGAAGAAUACUAGUUUGAAACUCUUGUCUCUACAAGGCUGCAAAGGUGUUCAAGGAGAGACAUUGCUGCAAACAAUGAUGGAGACACUACAGAUAAAUCCUUGGAUUGAAGACAUUGAUCUCUCAAGAACACCUUUGCAUAAUUCUGGAAAGACUCAAGGAAUUUAUCAAAGAUUGGGGCAGAAUGAGAAGACUGAACCAGAAAUGGAUUUGCUCAACAACAUGCCGCUAACACAGCCCAAGAGUUGCAGAGUCUUCUUUUGUGGGCAAGAAUCUGCAGGUAAGGCAACACUUUGUAAUUCAAUAUCUCAUAAUUUCUCUGCUUCGGCAUUGACCUACUUGGAUCAAGUCAGAACAAUAGUAAACCCAGUGGAGCAGGCUGUUAAACCAGCAGGGAUGAAGAUAAAAACUUUCAAGGAUGAGGACACAAAGAUUUCAGUAUGGAAUCUUGCUGGGCAGCAUGAGUUUUUCUCCCUCCAUGAUCUUAUGUUCCCAGGGCAUGGUAGUGCAUCAUUUUUCCUUGUAAUAUCUAGUUUAUUUAGGAAACCGGGUAACAAAGAACCAAAAAGCAUAACAGAGAUUGAAGAAGAUCUGCAGUAUUGGCUCAGGUUCAUAGUUUCCAACUCAAAAAGAGCAGUACAACAAUGCAUGCUACCGAGUGUUGCUGUUGUUCUCACACACUUUGAUAAGAUCAAUCAACCGUCACAUAAUUUGCAGCAUACUGUCAAUUCAAUUCAGAGACUGAGAGACAAGUUCCAUGGCUUUGUUGAUUUCUAUCCAACAAUAUUCACAGUUGAUGCAAGAUCUUCUGCAUCUGUCAGUAAACUCACUCAUUACAUCAGAAAGACAAGCAAGACUAUUCUAGAAAGGGUGCCGCGAGUUUAUCAACUUUGCAAUGAUCUGAUACAGAUUUUAUCAGACUGGAGAACUGAGAAUUACAACAAGCCAGCAAUGAAGUGGAAGGAAUUUGGCGAGCUAUGCCAAGCGAAAGUGCCGGCUUUGAGAAUCCGGUCUAGAAAUGAUAACAAAGGGAAAGUGGAAACAAGGAGAAGAGCUGUUGCUACUUGCCUUCAUCACAUUGGUGAGGUGAUUUACUUUGAAGAGUUGGGGUUUCUAAUAUUAGAUUGUGAGUGGUUUUGUGGCGAAGCACUUGGUCAGCUUGUAAAGUUAAAUGUGAGGAAGCAAUACUCCUUAGAAAACAAUGGAUUUAUUAGCAGGAAGGAGCUGGAGAAAAUCUUAAGAGGAAGUUUGCAGAGCCCCAUUCCUGGUAUGGGUUCAAAGGUAUCUGAGAACUUAGAGGCUAGUGAUCUUGUGAGAAUGAUGCUGAAACUCGAGUUGUGCUAUGAACAAGAUCCAUCAGAUCCAAAUUCUCUGCUAUUGUUUCCCUCCAUUCUUGAAGAAGGAAGAGGGAAGACUCCGAAGUGGCAGCUAAGCACACCGGACUGCCUGUACGCAGGACGUCAUCUUGAGUGUGACGAUUCUAGUCACAUGUUUCUAACUCCAGGAUUCUUCCCUCGUUUGCAGGUGCACCUUCACAACAGAGUAAAGACUCUAAAUAAUCAACAUGGAGCAACUUAUAGCCUUGAGAAGCACCUCAUCUCAAUCAUCAUCAAUGGAAUUUACAUAAGAGUAGAGCUUGGAGGACAAUUGGGUUAUUAUAUUGACAUCCUUGCAUGCUCCACCAAAAACUUGACAGAAACUUUAAGAGUCAUUCAGCAGCUUAUAAUUCCAGCAAUCCAAAGCCUUUGCCAUGGGAUCACCUUGACCGAAAGCAUCAUAAGGCCCGAAUGUGUCCGAAACUUGACACCCCCUAGAUACAGAAAAACACAAUCUGCUUCCGUGCAGCUACUUAAACAAGCGCUUCUGUCCCUUUCUGCAGACAGCAUGUAUGAUUAUCAGCACACAUGGAGUCCAGUCUUAGAUUCUGGUAGGCCAAUCCUCCAAGCUGGUUUUGAUUUAGCACGAGACCUUUUAUCGGAUGAUGACUUUCGAGAAGUGUUGCAUCGGAGAUAUCAUGACUUAUAUGAUCUCGCUCAAGAAUUGCAAGUACCACCUGAAAAUAACCCAGAAGGACAAGAUCAAUCUUUGGCUUUGAGCAAUCAAGCUGAAACAGUUGAUCCAAGCUUUGGGGGAAUUGCAAAAGGAGUUGAAGCAGUCUUACACAGGCUAAAGAUUAUUGAACAAGAAAUCAGAGACUUGAAGCAGGAAAUCCAGGGGCUGAGAUAUUAUGAGCAUAGGCUCCUCCUCGAACUUCAUCGCAAAGUGAACUACCUAGCAACCUACAAUGUGCAGGUUGAGGAGAGGAAAGUUCCAAACCUGUUCUAUUUUGUUCAAACAGAAAACUAUUCUAGAAGGUUGAUCACUACCAUGCUUUCUGGCAUGACCGCACUACGGCUUCACAUGUUAUGUGAGUUCCGGGGACAAAUGCAUGUUGUUGAAGAUCAGAUGGGUUGCGAGAUCAUGCAAGUUGAUAACAGGGCUGUGCAAUGUUUGGCUCCAUAUAUGAAGAAAUUCAUGAAGUUGGUAACUUUAGCGCUAAAGAUAGGUGCACAUCUUGCGGCCGGAAUGGGAGAAAUGAUACCGGACUUGAGCAAGGAAAUGGCUCAUUUGGCCGGCUCUUCAGCUUUUGUUGGGGCAGCUGCAGCUGGUGCUGUAGGGGCAGCUGUUCUCGGCCGUAGAAAUAGGGCUGCAGAAGGCUCAAGGGACAUUCAACAAGAUUUAAGAGCAGCACAACAAUGGGUGGUUGAUUUCUUAAGAGAAAGGAGGUGCUCCACAGGGAAGGACAUUGCAGAGAAGUUUGGACUAUGGCGAGUUCGGUACAGGGAUAAUGGUCAGAUUGCUUGGAUCUGUAGGAGGCACAUGUAUGCAAGAUCUGCAGAGAUAGUUGAAGUGCCUGUUUGAAAUAGCAUGCUACCUUGUAUAAUACUAGGAAUUUCAAGUACCAAAAGCUUCUGCUUUCUAAUUUCCUGUUAACUCAUUAUUGUGUCAUUGUGUGUAUUUCUUCCUUGAAUUUGACAUUUAUUUAAGUGUUCCAAUGCAUUUAAAGGAUUUGAAGUGUUGCAUCAGUAAAAUUUAA